AGCUGUUUGUCUCAGGCCGCCGCGACGUUUGUGGGCACCGGGUCCUGGGGAAGGGAGGACGAUGUACCAGAGGAGCGCCGGCGGCAGCGGCCUAAAGUGAGCCUUAAGGCCGUGCGAGCGAAGGCGUCGCCGCCGAGUCAGCCCCGGCGCCCGGUUUCCUCGGCGCCCGUCCGGCUGGCCCCGCCGCUCUGGCCCCGUCAGGCCCCUUUUCUCUGCGCUGCGGCGGGCGGAGGCGGCGGAAGGAAAAGCCCAUGGAAGGGAACCGGGACGAGGCGGAAAAAUGCAUCGGGAUCGCGCGAGAGGCCCUGGAAACCGGCAACCGAGAACGGGCGCUGCGUUUCCUCAAUAAGGCUCAGAAGCUCUAUCCGACAGAGACCGCCAAGGUGUUAUUAGAGGCAAUUAUGAAAAAUGGGAGUGCUGCUGGAAGUGGUACUCACUGUCGAAAACCAGCAAGUAAGAAUGAUAAAAGUAAAACUAACAGCAUGAAGGACAGCAGUGCAUCUGCUGCAGGUGAAAUUGGCAAGACUUACACCAAGGAGCAAAUUGAAGGAGUACAAAGCAUAAAAAUAUGUAAGAAUUACUAUGAGGUCCUUGGAGUGUCAAAAGAUGCAGGUGAAGAAGACUUGAAGAAAGCUUAUAGAAAGCUUGCUCUGAAGUUUCACCCUGACAAAAAUCAUGCACCGGGAGCAACAGAAGCUUUUAAAAAGAUUGGAAAUGCAUAUGCUGUGUUAAGUAAUCCAGAAAAACGCAAACAGUACGAUAUCACAGGCAGCGAAGAUCCCUGCAAUCAGCCAGGCAAUGGUAGAUUUAACUUCCACAGGGGAUGUGAAGCAGAUAUCACCCCAGAGGACCUCUUCAACAUGUUCUUUGGAGGAGCCUUUCCAACAGGAAGCGUACAUUCUUUUUCUAAUGGACGGUCUGGGUUUAGUCACGAUAAUCAGCAUCGUCAUAGUGGACACGAAAGAGAAGAUGAAAGGGGUGACGGAGGGUUCUCCAUGUUCAUUCAGUUGAUGCCAAUUAUUGUGCUGAUCUUUGUUUCUUUACUUAGCCAGUUGAUGGUAUCUAAUCCUCCUUAUUCCUUAUAUGCAAGAUCGAGUUCAGGGCAGACUAUCCAGAUGCAGACAGAAAAUCUGGGUGUUGUUUAUUAUGUCAACAAGGACUUUAAAAAUGAAUAUAAAGGUCCAAAUUUGCAAAAGGUGGAAAAGAGUGUAGAAGAAGACUAUGUCUCAAAUAUUCGAAAUAACUGUUGGAAGGAAAGACAACAAAAAACCGAUUUACUCUAUGCAGCAAAAGUUUAUCGGGAUGAUCGCCUACGAAAGAAAGCAGAAGCUAUUUCCAUGGACAACUGCAAAGAGCUAGAACGAUUAACCAGUAUCUAUCGAGGAGGAUGAGCUAAAUUUUUGACCUAUACUGCUUGAAGUACAUGCUUUCUAAGAAAAAUACUAUUUCAUCAUGACAACUGAAAAGGAGAGAUGUAAAAAAUUCACUCUGUAGCUAUUUCCAAAACCUUACCCUGAAGUUUCAAUAUCAUUUAAUAGCCUCUUUGUGUAGUCUGAAACAUAGGACAACGAUUGUUUACAUCAUUGAAUUGUCCUUAAUAUUUUACUCCCAAAACUUCUGAACUUUUCCACAAGAAAGAAAGCAUUUUGGACAAGCACUUCCACUAGAAAUGUAGAUGUAGUGGUUCUCUUAUUCAAAUACUUGCCAUGUAAAUAUAUGUGAGACAAUUACUUAUAUGUAUAUAAAAAUGUUAUGGACAUCUGAAGGCAUUUAGAAUAUUAAAAGUUUCAAUCUUAAUAGGUGGAAUAAAUAAUAUGACUACAUUAUUAUUCAGAUGUCAGGUAGGUGGAACUAAAGAAAAUUGAGGUUUUAGGUUUCUUUUUUCAUUUAUUUUCUCCUCAUUAACAAAAUUAAGAUCGGUGCUGGAAGAGAGAAAUGUUGCAUAUUGAAUGUACUUGAGUUCCUAAUAGCAGAAUAUUUUGGUAUUCCAAAAGAAAUCAAUUAAGCAAAAGCUGUUUUUCAGGCUCUUCCUUAGUUUGAUUUUUAUUUCAUUUUUAUUUAAAUAAUAAUCAUCCAAUAAUUUUGGAGUGUUUUUAAUCAGCUCCAAUUUCUAUUUUGCUAUCAAAAAUCAGUUAAGACAGUUGUUCUUAAAGUUCAGCCUUGUGCCUUUAUUUUGUGGUUAGUUGGUUCAUCUUAUUUCUGAAUUGUUGCAUCAAUAUUAAUAGAAGGCAUCAAGGACGUUAAAGUCAUAAUGUAGCAAGUUCAGGCCAUAUGUAUAUGAAGGGUAACACUAAUGAUAAAAGUGAUCUUCUAAAGAUCAUUUAUGACAUACUGCUUAUAUAACCACUUUUGCCAGUUUAAAUUUAAUGUGAUUUUGAAAGAACUGAAGAUAAGACAUGGAAUUUCAGAACUGAAUUUAUAUGUUUAUAAGCUACCAUAUAACUAAUACAGAAAAAUAUUUAUUUUUUACAGCCAAUGUGGGAUAGACUAGAAAGUAGCUUUCACAUGAAUUGGCACAUCACUGUAAAAUAAGGAUGCCAUUUUUAACUGAAAGAUAGUACUUCAGACUUAUUUCAGUGAAAUAACUUGCAUUGUGGUCUGCUACCUAUAAAAUUUAGUUUUGAAAACCUGUAAUUGUUCAUAGGUGGCGCUUAAAUUUCUUAGUACUGACUCAUAAGGUCACAUGAACAGUUUCAUUACUGCUAGGGAACAAAAGCCUAACCAAUAUGUGAGGGGCUUUUCUUUUAAACAGAUAUAUAGCCACAUUGUUUCAGAACUGCUAUUUUAAUAGUAUUUCAACAUUUUUGUAAAAAGAGAGAAAUGUGAAAUGAGUUUUGGGUAAAAAAAAGCAUUCUGGGAACAUUCCCAUUAGAACAUUUGUUAGAUAGCAAGUUUCUUUGUUGUUCUGAAUUAGUUUAAAAAUGAAAUUCAGUUAUGAACUUCACUGAAAAAAGCAAGCCUACUGUAAUCUUAUUUUCCUUCAUCUGCAGUCAAAUUGUUGGAUAAAUAGUAUAUGUAAGAUUCUGUCAAAUUAUUUUAGUUAUGUCUUCAGUUUUAUAGAGGAAUAAACAAUACAGAUUCCCUGUAAUUUUAGUUAUCUAUUUCAUUAAUGAAUUCAGCUUAUUUCGAAGAUCACUCAGGCUUUAGAGUUGCAAAAAAAUUGUUUUUAAUUUUGUGCUAAUAACCUUAAGUUCCAUAUGAAUACACCAACCCUGGUCUCUAUCUGUUCCUCAUAGAAAGAAAUGGUAAGGACAGAAAUAGAAAACGUGGUAAAUCAAUUUUUUUAAAUGUGAAUGUUCAAAAUUUUGUAAAUUGGUUCAAAAAUCAAUUUAGAUCACCUAAUGUCUCAUAAAUGCUCCUUCACUUAAUUCCAAGUAAAGAAGUUACAGUGAAUUCAAUAUUUUCUAUAAAUUCAUGAUUGCAAGUGUAGAUAGUUUCAUAACUUCCACACAUGAUUAUUUUUAUUUGAAUUGCAUAUUGGAGCCUAACUAAAUGUUGUGUGAUAAAUUUUUGCAAUAACAUGUUCAAAAAUCAUUAAGCAAACUUGGACAAAUUUUCCAAGUAAUCUGAAGUUAAAUGCAUUCAUGGUACUGGAAUUUAACAGAUUCUGCGUUGAUAGAGAAAGCUUUGAAAACCUGCAGUUUAGCCAGUAAAUAAGCUGAAUGUAUAUAAGACACUUCUGUGGUCAUCAAAAAUACUUAGUAACUUUCAUUUGUUAGCUGAUUUUCAAGAUUUCCAUAAUCUAUGGGCUUGGAUCUAAAGAUGCAUUUUCAUUAGGAAGUUGUAUUUGAAAGUGACUCUCUUUAUAUUGAUUUUUCUCACCUGCUGCAGCUCACAAUAUACAAUAAUACUUUAUCUUAAUCUCUUAAAAGCAGGUGCUUAGAAAAUUGCUAGUAAGUGUAGUAGAAAGCCUGCUUGUUCAAAUUGCGCCUCUAAAAUCCAAGCCCACAGUGCUGUAAUAAAACGGUGAAAUUAAUGGAACUUGUUCUCAAAUAAUAUAUGAGAUUUGGAUCUCCAAGGGUGAACUACUAGUUUAUAACAGACUAAUUAGCCCUAUUUAUGUGCAGAUAUAUACUAGAAUGCUUAUACUUACAAAUUGUAUUAAUUUAUCCCUCUGGUCAGGGUUAAGGAUGUAAUAAAUUAUGUUGGUUAUUUGCAUCAUACCUUCCUUUAUGUUUCUAGAAUUGGGAUAAUAUUUGCUAUAUAUGAAAUGGAUACAUAAUUAAGCUUCAAUUUUCAAGAACAUUUAUUUUGCUAGAGGUAAAUAAGAUUAAUAAGUGGAAGGAUUAAUAAGUGGAAAGCAUAUUAAAUAGCAUUAGUAAUAAUUGAAAACAUGGACAGUAUUUCACUUUAAACAUAGCUUUCAACUAUAAUUUUAAUCAGGAUUUAUGAUGACAUAACUAAGUUUUAUCUUCAUUUUUUUUAAAAAAAAAAUUCUUUAACGUGCUGAUUUAAUUGGGCUGUGACCUGAUUGCCUUACACUUUUUAUUUUUACUUGAAAAUAGUCACAAUGACUAUAAAUUUGAUGACGGAACUUUUCCAGGUACAGAAGUGUUAAAUCAUUUCCAUGAACACCCUAAUCUCAAUUUACUCAUUUUAUUACCAAAUCAUUUUUUUUUAGUUUUGGAAAAAAUAAAGGGGUUUAUAUUAGUUAAAGAACAAAGGAAAAAUAAUUUUAAAAAGUCUUUCACCAUCACAGCUAUUCCAGCCAAAGCUGAACUUCUUUUGAAUGAAUAAAAAGUUGGAAGAUAUGUUUAUAGUUCUCUUGCAAAUUUGUCCAGUUCUAUUUUCCAUUCUACAGGUUACUUUAGUUUAGAGUUAGGGCAUUUUGUAUUCCUUUGACCUAAAUGUUUCAUGAAUGGAAGGGUUAUUGACUGCUUUUAAGUUGCUUUGAUAUAUUAAAAAAGAACAGUUUCAAGCUGUUUUUUCUUUCUUUAGAAUGUCAGUUACAAUCUCUGCUUACUGCUUCACUGCUUUAAAUGCUGCAGUAUACAAUACUGUUUCCAGUUUUCAAAGCAUUAGGGAUAACUACACCAGACAACGUGGCUAUGAUUUAAUGAGCUAUAAUCCUUAGCAAAACCAAACUGGACUUCUGCUACUAAAAAAUACAAAAUAUUCUUAUUUCAAAAUAAUUUAAAACAAAUAUCAAAAGCUCUCUUCUAAUACAUCAAGAAACAAUCCAUCAAAAUAAAUGGAGCAAUUGAGGGACAAUCAUUUGAUAUGAUAGGCAGAUCUUGCAGUACAAGAAUCUUUUACAGGCAUAAAAAUUCUAUUAAUAGCAACCUUACAUGAACGUUUAAGCAUGUGCUAAAACAUGGAUGAUUGCUUUUUGUGAACACAAAUCACCUGCUUAGGUUUCUGGAUGGGCAUUUCCAAAUCAGCCCCAUGGAAAUAAUACAGGCCACUCUACAAAAGUGCCUAAUAAAUUAGGGCCUCAAAGAUUUAGAUUACAACAGCUUUUCUGAUUUACAACAGCUUUUCUGAUUUGCUGAAUAACAGCACAUCUCUAGAUCAUAUGCCAGCUUUGUUAGAAUUUUAAUUUAAAAACAAUAUGCCUUACAUUAAGGAUUAUGUUAAGGUUGCAUAUUUAUAUUUAUUUAUUUAUUUUGUUAGGUUAUAUAUUUUCUUUAUUUCUUUUCACUGCACCAAAGUCUUUUGUUUUGGGAACUGCUGCUCUUAUAAAUGACUAGGUAUAUAUGUAUGCAUCUGCGUAUUGCUGUAUGUAUUUCCUAGUAUCAUACCUCCAACUUGUUAUUGUAUAAUAUUGUAUGACUAAACAUGUGCAGAGGAUAGGACAAGUAGUAGGGAUUUGGAUGUCAUGACAAGAAACAUUUCCUGGAAAUUGUCAUUCCUUUUCUUGAUAAUCUUGCCCGCUGGAAGGAUACAUCACUUGCAAAGAGAAAGUAGAAAAACAGAAUCUUAAUGGUGGAUUGCUCAGUGUAAAGGUUGUGUGCAAAUUCUUCAGUAAAUAUUACCUAUGCUCAUAAUGAUAGUUUGCAAUAAGAACCUCAAUUUGUGAUUUCAUAUCAAGUCAUUAGCCAAUUUUAGUGCUAGUUCAGGUUUUUCAGAUAUGUUCAAAUGUCUGUAUGUUUGUAUAUGGGAGAACAUUCUGGAUGAGGAACAAUCAGAACGAAGAGCAAGUCAAUUCUCUUUUCCUUCUAAAUUUCUCUCAAACUCUAAACAAAUUUUCUGAAGGAGAUACUCAUGUAACACAGGAAGAAAACAGUUUGGUCAUAUGGGCAAACAUUUGCUCAUGAAACUUCAGAUUUCACCAUCUAGAACAGCGGUGUCAAACUCACAUUGUCAUGUGACAUAUCAGGACUUUUUUCCCCCUUCGCUAAACCGGGUGGGGGGUAGGGCCAGCACGUGACUCAUCCAGCCCUUGGGCUGUGAGUUUGACACCCCUGCUCUAGUAGUUCUUACAGAAUCUAGUGUUAAUUAAACGUGUGUAGAUUUGCUUUUUUGCUAAAGCUAUACUUAUUUUUCCAUUUGAAUAAAGUGAAAUAAUAGAGAUGUCUUACCAACAGACAUUUCUUAACUAUUUGCUAACCUUUCACAUAACAAUCUGACAAUCUGUAGUUUGUUCAUGAGGUUUUAUAAAACUUGAUUAAAUAUGCAGGUUUUAGUUGAAAGGGGUGCUCCCUGGGUAUAAAUAAAUUUAUUUUCAAGUAAAUACAUUUAGAAUUUGUUUGAUCUGUUUUGUCUGCUUUAAAAAUAUAAAUGGACUUCAGUGUUAAUUCUUGGAAGACCUGAUAAUGUUUUCAAAUCAAGCUUUAAAAAUCUGUCAAAGAUGCCCAGUAACAAAAAUCCUUUAAAAUUUAGAAUGGCAUCUUACAAAAGAAAUCUUAUUUUAUUUAUCUGUACAUUUAUGGUUAGGAAUAAAAAAAUAAAAUUUUAAUUUGUAAUGUACCUAAUAUCAGACUUAUAUCAAAAUAAAACUAUUUUCAGUG